GAGCGGGAGAAGCGGCAGCUUCCCCGGGACCUGGGAAGGAGACCAAGGGCCAUGGCCGAGACGGCUCCUGCUCCUGCUCGGGGCUUAACUACUGGCUGUUUGGAUGAAUGAAUGGUACAACUGAUAGUGUGACUGUGCAAUUGGGAGGCAUUGAUAAACACAAGCCAUCAUGGAAGUUGCUGCUUCUCAGGCAUUAUAAGCAUUCUUGACCUUUGAUGAUGUGGCUGUGUAUUUCUCUGAGAAGGAGUGGGGAAACCUGGAAGAGUGGCAGAAGGAAACCUACAAGCAUGUGAUGAGGACGAAUUAUGAGACCUUAACAUCCUUGGACCAUGCUGUCCCAAAACCAGACUUAAUAUCCUGGAUUGAACAGGGUAAAGAACCAUUCAUCAAAGAUCUGGUAGAUUUGAAGAGAAGAGAAACAGUGGUCACUUGUGAUGAUGAUGGGGAAUGUAACCUGGAAAGCACUGAGGGGUGGAAGUUUUUUGAGGUGAGCCUACCACUCCUGAGGGCUGAUGAUUUCCCUUGGAUUAAGCAAGGCAUCGAACCACUUAUUUUGGAUCAAUCGUACUUAGAAGAGAGAGCAGACUCAAUAUGCCCUGUUCCAGAAUGCCAGGGAUGUGUGAGUACAAAAGAAGAGGAAUUCCAUUUGGAUGAUCAUCAAAGCCAAGAUUUACUUAGAUCUUUACAACGGAAAAAAGGAAAUCUUUGCUCCGUAUCUGUUCAAAGAACUACCUUGAGAUACCUCCACAUUCAAAACAAAAACCCUAUUUUUCUAAAAGCUCACAGCAUUAAGGGGUCCUUCCAGAGGAAAAGAAUCCCGAAUCAUAAAAUCCCAGACCCCCUGGGCUGUCAGGAAGUCUGCCUAGGACAGAGAUGCUUCCAUUGCUCUGUGGCUAAUAAAAGCUUCUGCAGGAAAGGUCACUUGGUACUCCACCAAGGGCGCCAUGCCAAGGAGGAACCCUGCCAGUGUUCAGCGUGUGAGAAGCCAUUAAGCAGCAAAUCUAACUUCAAGCAAAGCCAGAGACUCUGCUGCCUAGAGAAGCCUUUCCAGUGCUACUGGUGUGAGAAGAGCUCCUGUCCAAAAUGGAGUCCGCUUGCUCACCAGCUGGUUCACAGGGAAGAGAGGCCCCCAUGGGGCCCCAAGGGAAGCCAAAGCUUCUGUUGCAAGGAGCUUCAGCACAUACCCCGCUGGGGAAACCUGUUCCCCUGUGAGGAAUGUGGGAAGAGCUGCUUGGGAUCCUACACGCAUACACAUCAGGGCCUCCACAGUGGGGAGAAGUCAUUUUCCUGUGGUGAGUGUGGCAAGGUCUUCACUUUGCACUCUAUUUUCAGCGCCCACAUGAGAAUUCACAGUGGAGAAAAGCCCUUCCACUGCCAAAAGUGUGACAAGAGCUUCUAUAGGAAAACCUCCUUAAAGUUUCACCAAAACUCACGUGAUGAACAAAUACCAUUCUCCUGUGGCGAGUGUGGCAAGUGGUUCACCUGCCAGUCUAACCUUACUGAUCACAUCAGUGUCCACACUGGGGAAAAACCCUUCCCAUGUCCCAAGUGUGAUAGGAAGUACCGCCUAAAGAGAAGUCUGAAGGCACAUAUGAGACUGCACAAUGGGGAGAAACCCUACCCCUGUGGCGAGUGUGGCAAGAGUUUUAUCCAUCAGUCCGAGCUCACAGAGCACGUCAGAGUACACGGUGGGGAGAGGCCGUUCCAGUGUCCUGAGUGUGAUAUGAGCUUCAGCCGGAAGUCAUCUGUGAAAAUCCACCAGCGUCUUCAUAGCAGAGAAAGACCAUUCUGCUGUAGCAAGUGUGGCAAGUGCUUCAACAAGCAGAACAACCUCAACCAACACAUCACACUCCAUACUGGGGAGAAGCCUUUUCAGUGUCCUGAGUGUGACAGAUGCUUCCGACUAAAGAUAAAUCUGAAGGCCCAUCUCAUCCAGCACAGUGGGGAGAAGCCAUUUUCCUGUAGUGAAUGCAGCAAGAGCUUUACCCGAAAAUUUUUACUCACUAAACACCUCAGAGUCCACAACAGAGAGAAAUCAUUCUCCUGUGGAGAAUGUGGCAAAAACUUCACCCAUCAGUCUAAGCUCACCAGACAUGUCAGAGUCCACAGUGGAAGGAAACCCUUCUGCUGCAGUGAAUGUGGCAAGACCUACAGCUAUCAGUCUCAGCUGGCUGUACACAUCAGAGUCCACAGUGGAGAGAAGCCAUUCUCCUGCAGGGAGUGCGGGAAGAGCUUCAUCCGCCGAUCUCAUCUCACCAGUCACAUUGGAGUACACCGAGGGCAGAAGCCCUUCUCCUGUGGUGAAUGUGGCAAGAGUUUCAUGGAACGGCCAGAGCUCACUGAACACAUCGUGGCCCAUAGUGGGGAGAAACCCUUCUCGUGCAGUGAGUGUGGUAGAAUCUACAGCCAUCGGUUUCAGCUCACUGAACAUAGCAAAGUGCACAGCAGGGAAAAAUUAUUCCCAUGUCCUGAGUGCAAAAAGAGUUUCAGCCACAAGCUUGCCUUGAAAGUGCACCAGCAAAUACACAUCAGGGAGAGGCCAUUCUCGUGCAAUGAGUGUGGCCGAAGAUUUACUUAUAAAGGUGCGCUCAAUACCCACGUCACAGUUCAUGCUGGGGAAAGAUUCAACGGUCCUAAGCCAGACAAGGUUCCCAGCAGUGACAGCCCUUUGGAUCAUUAUUGGAGUUAAUGUAAAAUGUACUGUACAAAAGAUAUGGUAGAACUGUGAUCUGCUAGAAAGCCAGAACCGCACAAAGACCAGACCAAUGUGUGGAAUGGAGGGCUCCACCAUCUGGUAGAUCCAGAGUGUGAAGGGCCAUAAAGGGUCUUCCUUCUGUAAGGAAUGCUGCAAUGCUGCUGCUUUGUCCUUUAUGGAAAGGGGCAUCUGGCCUCAUGAUGCUUUUCUUACCUUAUUAAGGCCUGUCCAACGUGCUGAGGGAACUCCUUGUUCCUACCCAAUAUGCACAUACCUCCAGACAUAGAAAACCCUGAAAUCAGAGCCUGAGUAAUAUGUGUGAAUGAAAACUCCUCAGCUACUUCAUCCCAUCUGGAUUUCACCUGUUCAGGACUAUUGAUUAAACUGAAAGGAUUCUCUUUAGAAAUUCCAUAUAAAAAUCCCAGAGUUGCAACAGACCUGUUGGCAGGAUAGUUGGAAUGACAGUCCAUACUUCAAGGAUCAGGGAUUCCAUCAGUUUGGGUAACUCCUUUCACCUUUGGAGCUUACAACUCUUCUAUUACUGCAGGGAAGGUCUUCAAGAAUUGCUGUGGUUGAAGAAUUCAUCUCUCUGCAGCCAACUUGGUGGAGUUUCUCAAUUCAAUUGGACUGGUGCUCUGAUGACAUAUAUGCAGGUUGCCUGCCUGCACCAGAAGCCUUACCAGUGUGAUGGGAGUUGCCAGAUUUAAUUUGUCUUCCAUUGGUGUGGCCUUGGAAAACCCCAGGUCACCCCCUAUUCUUCUCAAAGCAAGAACUCACCAAUUCAAAAAGAACUGUUGUGUUUAUUGAGAUUUGGAAAUGGUGCAUCAUGUAAUAGGAAUUUUUUGUUGUUGUUCAGUCAUGUCUGACUCUUUGUGACCCUGAAUGGGGUUUUCUUGGCAAGGAU